AUGGAAGGACCUGUUAACGAAUACGGUGCAGACGCAUCAGUUAUGGAGAGCAGCAUGAGCAUUGGUACAGCCAUUGACACGGCGGCGAUUUUAUCGCACAAGGAUGGGUCACGGCAGCGGAUCCAAGAUUCGGUGGACACCAUCUACCGAGCGUCCGGAGUUGAGAAGCGCAAGGUUGGAUCUUGUGACGAGUGUCGCCGGACAAAGAGUCGCUGCUCUCGCACGCGGCCGACUUGCAAGCGAUGCGCGAGGAAGGGUUUUGCAUGCAAAUACAAUGCCAAAUACGAUGCCAAAUACGACGCUGCUGCCAGUCAAUCGCCUUCGUCAUCGAUGCCAGUGGACGACCAAAUGUUAGCCACGUCCAAUCGUAGCGGCAGCGUUUCUACUCCUGGGAGCCAAGCCAACUUGAUGGGCGUACCCCUAUCAGCGCACUUAUCACCUAGUGUUCAAUGGCUCUUUGCGGAUGCCCUACCACAAGACAGGUUUCAUUUACAGUCCUUAGCCGAUAAAUUCUUUGAUCGGAUAUCUACUCUACGCUGUUUGGGAUUCAUCCACAAACCAACAUUUUAUCAAGCGUUGGACAGAGGCACACUGAGUGAGGAUUUCGGAGAGGCCGUCAUCUACAUAGUUGCUGCGCUUGGAGCAAGAAUGUAUCUGUUGGAUACCCCUUCAGAGUUUAACAAUCCGUUUCACGGCAUUCCUGGAGCAGCUUGGGCUGAACGAGCUAGGGAUCUUGCUAUGAGGGAGAUAGCAAACCCUUCCCUUUCGACAAUGAUGGCAAUGGUUCUUAUAUGUGAACAUUCCAUCUCUAUGGACCAGCAUGCUCUGGCCUUUGUCGUCUUCGGAAGCUGUCUUCGCAUCAUGAGAUUACUCAGCCUUGACUCUCCCAAAAAGGUGCCUGCUUCACCUGGGCUUUCCCAGAUGACUCAAUUGGAGACUGAAAGACGGCUUUUAUGGUCUUGCUAUAUUCUUGAUAGCUUUCUGGGUGGUGGAGUGGACGGAAAUCUGUACUGGAAAGACGAUUAUCCAUGCGUACCGCUACCUUGCUCGGAUGCGAACUUUGUUGCCCAGGAGCAGCAGUAUCUCGACUUUAAUGCACCAAAGCUAAGCACGUUUGAGCUUUUCCCAGAUCGAAGUUACCUCAAUCUUCGCUCUCAUACGAUAUAUCUCGUGCAGCUCCGCACUCGGGUAUUAAGACUGAUCAGAAGCAACAGUCAGGAGGCCAACAUAUGGGAUCCUGGAUCUGCACUUCUCGACAUUAUUCAGCGGCUGGAAAUAUGGUACGCCGGCUUACCCGAGCAACUCGUCAUAUCCGAUCUCAACGCAUACGUUCACAAAGAACUCAGCAUCAUCAGCGCUGUUUUCAUGCUACAUUUCCUCUAUCACUCAAUUGUGUGCGACUUACUUCGAGUCUCACUCCCAGGAUACGUCUUUCCACUGUCAGCUGCUUUCCAUUCCGCCCCUCUCGAAUUUCGCAGGCAGUGCCAAGAACGGUGUCGAUUCCAUGCAGACGAAAUAUCACGACUUGUGCGCGUUGGCUUCAGUUAUGGCGUCCGUGUUUUUGAUGAUUUGCACAGCCUGAUGGCCACAUUCGAAUCAACCAAGAUUCAGAUCAUUCACACUGCUACGGCUACGUCCAAUGCCAUCGAUGUAAGGGAGCGGGCGAGCUACAACAUCCAGCUAAAUAUGAGAGCACUGGACAUUCUGCACCUUCAGAAAGACAAGCCGAAUCCCUACCACAAGGCCUUGUUACCACUGCUGGAAAAAUUCGACUUCAACAACGUAGUGGCCGAGUGGCAAGCUUACCCAAGCCCAGUAUCUAUGGAUUCAGAACAGGCCGAGGUUACAGGCCCAGAAGAUACAGGUUUCUUAAGCAGCCUGGCUCCGUUCCGCCUUGCCAAAGAGGAAAUUCGAGCUCAAAAGAAGCAACGACGGGGAUCACCACCAGCCGCAAACGAUCAUCCCGUCUCACCCUCGACAGUCCGCCCACCGCCCAUCAUCUCCAUGCCUCAAAAGGGGGCGCUUGGCGUCGGUGGCGGUAUUGGAAACGGCGGUGUCUUGGAAAACACGGACUUUUCUCUAGACCGCAUUCAGCUAGCAUCUACAACACAUCCUACGCCUACUGGAGUCAACGACCAGGAUGUCGCAGCUCAGAUCCAGGGAGAAGUGCCAAAAGAAAUGGUAGACUUAUCAGAUCUUGCAGAGGAUUACAUCCGGAUGGCGGGUGAGAUGGCCAACUACAUAUCGUGGGACAUAUCGGAGCCGCCAUCAUGGUUAGAUUUCGACAUUAGUUCGAGUAAUAUAUGA